UCUCUCUCUCUCUCUCUAACACACAAAACAAAGAUCACUAAAAUAUAAAGACCCACAACAUGGGAUCACGUGCGGGACAUGUUUUACCAGGUUUUGCCUUCUUAGCACUUGGUUUGUGGCACUUAUUCAACAACAUAAAACUCUUUUGUCUACGUCCAAACACCUUCAUUUCAUCUCCAUGGUUCCCAGUAUCAAAGAUCAGGCACUUAGAGCUUUACUUUAUGAUGUUCUCUGCAUCUGCUUCCAUAUCAAUGGAGCUCUUUAUUGGACCUAGAAGACACCAUCCCUUUGACUCAGAUGGGACCAUCCCAUCGAACCAUCUCCAAAACGUUGAACAUUCUUCUAUCUCCCUGGCCUUCUUGGUUUAUGCUGUUUCCGCAGUAGUGUUUGAUCGAGCACGGCCUAGAGCAGCGGCUUCCGAGGGACUAACCAUCCUAGCUGCAGCCGCUGCCUUCACUCAGCAGCUACUUCUUUUCCAUUUUCACUCUGCCGACCACAUGGGCGUUGAGGGACAAUACCAUUUCAUCCUCCAGCUCAUUAUCUUCGUCUCUCUAAUGACCACUCUCAUGGGUAUUGCCUUGCCCAAGAGCUUUUUGGUGAGCCUUGUGAGAUCUUCAAGUAUAGCUUUUCAAGGAGUGUGGUUAAUAUUUUUGGGUUGCAUGCUUUACACACCAAGUUUGAUUCCUAAGGGAUGUUUUAUUCACGAUGAAAAUAGCCACCAAGGGGUUAAGUGUUCAACCGAAGAAGCUCUUCACAGAGCUAAAUCGUUGGUCAACAUUGAAUUCAGUUGGUUAUUCGUUAUAAACACAAUAUUUGUUGUGACACUAUAUAUGAUUCUCGAUCGGGUUUAUGGUGGAAACGUAGAGUACUCUAGUCUAACGACCAAUUAUCAAAGAGAACAAUAUGAUGAAGAGCAACAACACUUUGAAUCGGAAUCGACUCAGAAAAUGAGUUUUGUCCAAAUGGGUAAAUUUGAUGACCAUGGAGAUAAAAUGUGA